AUGGUGUCACACUGGAAAAGUGUCGGAUCAUUUGUUUUCGUCGUAGCAUUAACGGUCGCCUGUGUCACUUCAACGACGAUCACAACAUAUGCGACCAAGUCGGGUGUCUUGCCCUGGGUGGAUGUGGCCACGUCCUCACCAGCUCGGAGCCACAGAACCUCACGCGGAGACACUUGGACGCUCGUCAUGAGCGACGAAUUUAAUACCGAAGGUCGCAGUUUUGAUGCUGGAAAGGAUCACCUUUGGACGGCCAUUGACAAACCCGACGGAGUAAACGCUGCUCUACAAAUUUACUACCCCAAUAUGACGGGGACAGCGUGCGACGACGACGGCAAUUGCUAUUUAUAUAUUGAAUCGGAUAUCCAUGAAACGAAUCUCACAGUCUGGAACGAGUAUAUUUCUCCCCCCGGCUUCGAGAAUGUUACGUUCUACUAUCGGUCGGCUAUGGUGCAAGGCUGGAAUAAAUUCUGCUUUCAAGGGGGACUGAUUACUGUUCGAGCCCAAUUGCCCGGUGCAGUCACGAAUGCAACAGGCAAUCCGGACGUUGCUACCGGGUCUAAUAGUGUCCGUGCAACUAGUAUUGACUACUACCCGACGUGGCCUGGUAUCUGGCUGAUGGGGAAUCUAGGUCGUGCUAUUUUCACGGGCUCCACAGCUCGGAUGUGGCCGUUCUCAUACAAUGAAUGCAAUGAAACUAUCUUUGACUCACAAAAUCAAAGAAUCAGUGCUUGUGAUGACAAUCCUGGGUCUGGAAUGCAUCCUAAUCAAGGACGUGGAGCUCCGGAGAUUGAUAUUCUGGAAGGAGGUGGUACUGACAUUUCAUCCUCAAUUCAAUUGGGACCGGGUAUGCCCGACGAAUUCCGGACGUUUGUGGAUGAUUCAUCGGGCGCUUGUAUCUAUAGAUAUGAAUGUACGACAACAGGUGCCAACCACCAGGACGUCCCGACCAAGUACUACCGGGAUCAACGUGGACACAAGUCAUGGUAUCAGGGACUUCGUUAUGCCGCUAACAACUUGUGCGAUGUGGAAAACGAGGAUGUACAGAGCUUCGCGUUGAUAAACGCAUCCUUAACGAAGGGUAUUAGAGAGAACAAGUGCACAAUGGAUUUGUGUCCGGCGUCGUUUGAUGUGAAUGCUGACUUGGGCUUUAAGGACAAUGGAACAGUACGCUGGGGCAUCAAUUCGAAUGGCACAUGCUUUCCGAUGCAGAACGCGUACAAGGGCUCGUAUCUGUGUAGUGCCGGUAAUACUGCAUCAGAGUGUACUCAGUCGGGCGGUUCAACAAGUGCUGAAUCGGUGUUUGAGUACCGACUGGACGCCAUUUCUUCGAAUUGGGAAGUGCACAUGGCUGCUUAUCUCGAUUGGGUGACGUACUCACUCGAGUGGGUCACGGGAGACUCGGGCUAUAUCCGCUGGGAAGUGGAAGGACAAGCUAUCUUUGAAAUUCCAUCGGAAGCAAUCACAAACCCACCACAGGACGCCGCCCAGAUGAACCCCAAGAAGUUAAUGGUUGAAGAACCAAUGUAUGUCAUAUUUAACGUUGCACUCUCCAGCUCGUGGGGAGCGAGGCCCCCCAAUGCAGGUUCAAGUGGUUGCUACGGCGACGGUACGGAUAAGACGACAGUCGCGAUCUGCGAUGCGUUCCCGAUGUUCAUGAAGAUCGACUACAUUCGCGUAUACCAGGACUUGUCGGAUGACUCUUCGAUGACCUACGGAUGCGAUCCGGCCACACAUCCUACAAAACAGUGGAUUCAGGACAACGUCGAUGACUACCAGGACGAUGACAACUUGGUGGUAGAAGUUUCGGGCAUGGCGUUCUGCAAGUCUAGUGAUGACUGCACUAUCGCGAGUAGCGGUUCGUCUACUGUGACUACGGGUACGUGCAAUUCCGAUGGCCGUUGUGAGUGCGCUUCCGACUCGUGGACUGGACCCCGCUGCACGGAGACUGUUAACGACGAGGAAGGUGACAAUUUCUUUGGCCCUUCGAUGCUAAUAGCAGUUUUUGCCGCUACUCUGGCUUGUGUUGCCUUACUUGCGAUCAUGCACAAGGUGGCUCAAGACAAGCGCAACGGUGCCCAUUAUCGUGGUCAGACAGUCAAGCUAGAGCAGACGUCGACUCAGAGGACGACGGUGAGGAAUGUUGUAAUCGAUUCUCAUAGCAGUAACUAUUUGUAG